AUGUCAACUGGUACACAGCAAAGCUACAUCCAAGCCGGCCAAGACACGCCAAGAUCUUUUCAGACAAUACAGUGGGCCCAACAGAUGCAACCAAACAGCAACUCCCCAGAAGGCACCGGUCACGAGAUCGACAGAGACUUGAGAACCUGCAACUGCGAGCAGAAGCGCAAGUGCUGCAGAAUCGCAUCGCUGACAUGA